GUUUGAUAAUUGACCAGAGCGCUCAUUCCUGUGGGAGGGCGGCGUGCCCGAGCGCGGCGCCCGGCUGCUCCUCCGCGCCCCGAGAGAGCCGGUGGCCCUGCCUGCCGCCAUGCCUGCCCGCCGCCUCCUCCUCCUCCUCCUGGGGCUGCUCCUGACGCUGGAGCCUGCCUGCUGCCAGGAAGCCCGAGGCAGCCUCCAGCCGUGGUCGCAGGGUGUCAUCGCAGUGGUUGUGUUCCUAGUCCUGGUGGCCAUCGUUUUCGUGGUCAACAGGUUCUGGUGUAAGAAGAAAGUGGAAAAUGCCGAGACGGUGGUGAGUGUCGAGGACAAGCCGGAGGCUGUCAUGUCCAAUGGCCAUGAAGGGAAAUACGUAACCCCUGCAGCCGACUUCAGGUCCAAAGAGAGCAAGCAUGCCUAUGAGAAUAACCUGGAGCUGGAGGAGAAGGUGGUCACCACUGCCAUGUAGCAGGCACCCCGGCCGUCCUCUCUCCUUCGUCCUCUCACUUUGCUUCCCACUGUUACGAUGGGCAUUUUCACAGGGAUCCACUGCACCAGCAUGCCCUGUGUGCGGUGGGUCCCCGACCUCUCCACGGCACCACCAUCUCCUGAUCUUUUCCCUUCCCGCCUGUGGGAUACGCUCUUCUGCCUCGGGGGACGAUGUCCAUGUGGGCUUCAGUCCCCAGGAGAGGUCUAGAGGUGCCACCUCUCCUGCCCAGCGGUCACCCCACUUGGUUGGCGAGGUUGAUGUUCCUGCUCCCAGGGGUAUGCUGACCUGCUCCAGACACGGACGGAUCCCCACUGGGUUCCCAGGACCUCCCCACAUCACCAGACACCCUCCAGGGAGCUGCUGGUGAAAAGCCCACCCUUCUCCCCAUUUCACCCUCCUUUUUACAACCUACACCAUGCAUUUGAAUGUCAGAACAAACCUUCUCCCCUGUACAUAUCUUCCCUGUGAGCAAUAAAGAGAAUUGUUGCCCAUA